AAUCAUAUGUUGCCGCAUGCACACAUACAAACACACACAGGCACAGCUGCUCGAUCGCAUGAGGCUAAAACCCACGAUCAGAACCGAUCCGCGUUUUUAUCCCUUGCAUUUCUAGGUUCCAAAGUCCCGCUAAAUGGCAACACACCUCCUCCGAAACGGCGCUACCUGUUGGCUGCUCAGGAACUGCAUUUCCCAACGUGCCACGUUGAGACGCUGCCUGCAUGUGACCUCCAGCCUGGACAAGACGGUCUCCUUCAACCUCAGCGACAUUGGCGAGGGAAUCCGCGAGGUGACCGUCAAGGAGUGGUUCGUGAAAGAGGGCGACACCGUGGAGCAGUUCGACAAUCUGUGCGAGGUUCAAUCGGACAAGGCCUCGGUGACCAUCACCAGUCGAUAUGAUGGGAAGAUAACCAAGAUUCACCACAAAAUCGAUGAGAUUGCGCUGGUCGGCAAGCCUCUGCUCGAUUUCGAUGUGGUGAAUGAAGAGGAAGAUGAGGCGGAGGACUCUUCUUCCUCCUCCUCCUCCUCCACAUCUUCCGAUAGUUCAGCCAGCGAAAACGAGGAGAAGCAAUCAGCUGAAGCCUCGGCGACGCCCACAGGUGGUCGUGUGAUCAUACCCGCCACGCCCUCGGUUCGUCGUCUGGCCAAGGAACACCAGUUGGAUCUGGCCAAGGUGCCAGCAACGGGAAAGAAUGGUCGUGUGCUCAAGGGUGAUAUCCUGGAGUUCCUGGGCCAAGUUCCUCCGGGUACCAACGUUCCACAUCCCACACUAUUGGCCAAAUCGCCCAGUGCUGCUCCCACUGGAGCAACGAGUGUUUCUGUGCCCGCUGAUCGCGUCGAAGUGCUCAAGGGAGUGCGCAAGGCCAUGCUCAAAUCGAUGACGGAAUCCCUGAAAAUCCCCCAUUUUGCCUACAGCGACGAAAUCGACAUGACCCAGUUGAUGCAAUUCCGUAACCAACUGCAGUCGGUGGCCAAAGAGAAUGGCGUGCCCAAGCUCACGUUUAUGCCGUUCUGCAUCAAGGCUGCCAGCAUUGCGUUGUCCAAAUAUCCAAUUGUUAACAGUUCCCUGGAUUUGGCCAGCGAAUCGCUGGUCUUCAAGGGUGCCCACAACAUAAGCGUUGCCAUCGAUACACCACAGGGACUCGUGGUGCCGAAUAUUAAGAACUGCCAGACAAAGACUAUUAUCGAGAUUGCCAAGGAUCUGAAUGCACUGGUGGAGCGCGGUAGGACUGGAUCCCUGUCUCCGGCAGACUUUGCCGAUGGCACCUUCUCGCUUUCCAACAUAGGAGUGAUUGGCGGUACCUACACACAUCCGUGUAUAAUGGCGCCCCAGGUGGCCAUCGGUGCUAUGGGUAGGACCAAGGCGGUGCCGCGUUUCAACGACAAGGAUGAGGUGGUCAAAGCGUACGUGAUGAGCGUUAGCUGGUCCGCCGACCAUCGCGUCAUCGACGGCGUGACCAUGGCCAGCUUCUCCAACGUCUGGAAGCAGUAUCUGGAGAAUCCUGCCCUCUUCCUACUGCACUAGAGAGCCUAUUGCUCGAAAACGCUAGUUUUUACGGAUGAGGCUUUUUCCCAUGCAUUUAUCUAGACAUAUCUUAUAUUGUAAAUUGUACGACAAUCUGCUUUGAGCUGGAACAGGUGCCAUGUGCCGCCACCCAUCCCCAAAAUGUGCAUUUAUAGGAGGUUAGCCACUCUGAGCGGCUCCUCGAUUACUUUAAGCUCCUGGCGCACAUGGCUAACUUUCCGUUUAUCUACUUUUAUCGUUGUUAACCUGCAUUUAUAUAUCAGUUUUUUUUUUAAGUUUGAUAAGCAACAACUUCUGCGUACAGUUCAACUGUAGUGCAUGCAUUUAUAUUAAAGCUUUGUUUCAAUGGCUGUCCAAUAAAUAUCAGAAACGGUUUAUGUAAA